AUGGCACCGCCCAAGCUAGGAACAAAGGAAUGGCGAGAACAGCAAGCGGCAGAGGCGGCAGCCAGAAGACUCAGCAACCUCACUGGAUCGAGACUAAACGACGAAAAGCUGUUGCAGCAGUUUGAGGAGAAGAAGAGGAUUGUUGGACCUGCAUUGACAAAGGCAGGAUGCAUUUUGUGGACCGAAGAGCGCAGGCGCAACUUUCUCCACGACGAAGACUUUUUCGAGUUUGUGGAUCCCGAGGGAGAGCCGGCUUAUCCACCGGAUAAUUUUUGA